CCUUUCAUAGAAAGAAAUUGUUGAGGCAUGUGGAAAUUUGUACUGAUACUGACUAUUCUCGGGUUGUUACGGGAAACUGAAUCUUUGGAUGAGAUCCGAUAUCCUGAUGAUGCCAGUGUAUAUAUUGGUGGAUUUUUUAGUGUUUAUCUUCCUGGAUCCAGUGGUUGUUCCAGUACCGCUGAUCCAUAUUCUAUACAGGAAUUUGAAGCUGUGAGAUGGAUCAUAGAUAAAUUGAAUAACAACGCAUUUUUAAAUGGUUCCGACAAAAUAGGUAUACAUGCUUAUAAAACUUGUGGUAUACCGGAAAUGGCUACCUCAUCGGCCAUAGACUUAUCACAGACGUAUCCCAACACCUCCCAGUCAGCAUUUCUGUUUGCUUUACUGAGUCCAACAAAAAGUUCCGAGGCCAAACAUGUUUCUCGUCUGUUCAGUCUCCUACCCGAGAAAGAUCGUUUGCUCAUGUUGAGUUUUGGCGCCACAUCGACUAAAUUAGCAGACCAAUCUCUUUAUAAGAACUUUUUCCGAAUAACCCCACCUGAUAGCGUACAAGUUCAAGUAAUGUUGGAGCUAAUGUUGGAAUUGAAAUGGAACUACGUAGGAAUAAUUUAUGAAGAUGACGAUUAUGGUAAAGAUGCAGCUCAACUUCUGAAAACAUUGGCAUCGGAUAAAGGCAUCUGCGUUCCUGUUUACUCUUCCUUUAAUAACACAAAUAGUGACGAAAUGUUUGAACUAUUUGUACUGAAUGUUUUGAAUCAUAAACUAGGUGGCAUCAUUUAUAUUGGUUCCGGGAAUUUAAUUACGAAAUUGUUGGAAUUGUUACAGUCUUCGAGUUUAGUCCUUGACAUUGAAAUAAUUGUAUCAGAAUCCAAUAGACUCAACUCUCUUUAUUUUCGUAGAUAUGGGCAAGCAUACUUUCCCAUUUCUAGAGGAAUAUUGGUAACAAGUGCCCCUAAAAUUGAGUUACAGGAAUUCACUGAAUACUGGAAAAACAUAAAGAACAAAACAUUUUCCCAGUCGUGGAUUAGUGAAACAGGAGAUUCUGGGGUUCUGGAUUCUGAACAAUCUGUGUAUGUAAAUUACGCUGUGAAAGCAGUUUUGGUUUUAGCCAAUCUAUUGAAGAAACUGAGUCAAAAGCAUUGUGAUGGUAGCAACACCAUUUGUCCACAACUUCGUCAUUUAUCCAAACAAACAUAUAUUGAUGAAAUGGCCAACUUAAAAAUAAAUCUUACGGCAGAAUUUCCAUACACAUCCCAAAUGUUCCAGAAUACAUUAGCUGAGAACAUCACUUUCAAAGCCAACAGAGAAAUUAACUACAACUCAGAACCGAAUCAGCAAGAAUACGAAGUCUUUAACUUUCAACAAUGCACUAAACUUACAAACUGUAGAUUUGUAAAGGUUGGCGAUUACAGACUGGGGGUGAUGAGUCUACACAAAUCUCUCAUAAGUAGUUAUCCUAAGGAAGAGAGCCAAGGCCCAAACACCAGACUUCCAUCUGUCCAAUGUCCUAACGGGACCGACUGUAUAAAAUGUAUUCCGUCUGAUAUAUCUGACCAUGUGAUAUUUGUGGACGGGGAAUGGUAUGUUGUGGCGGUUGUCCCUGUGUUUGUACCUGAUGAAACAGAUACAUUACUCUGCACAAACACGAUACGAGAUUCUUUAGGAACUGACAUCGCUGAAAGCAUCAAAUUUGCUAUUGAGGAGAUUAACCACCCAAACAGCACAUUGAUAUCUUCUAAAAAGAAAGUAGGGUUGAUUGUGAUAAAUGGUUGUGCAUCUGAACUUGUAAUUAAAGACAAACUUUUACGUUUACACAAAGGAACUUAUGAACUCAGACCCGGAAUGAAUAGUUCAGAGAUUAAUCACAGAAUUCUUGGUUAUGUUGGAGGGAUGAGCAGUAGUAUGAGUGCGGCCAUGGCUGAAGUUCUGGCUAAACUUGGUUACGUUCAAGUAUCCUACGCCUCGACCAGCCCACUUCUUAGCGAUAGAACUCUGUAUCCCUACUUUCUGAGAAUACCUACUGCAGACGACCAACAAGUAAAAGUGGUAAUUGAUAUGGUUACCUCCCUUGAUUCAAACAUCAUCCAGGUUAUUUACACCGAGGGUUCCUAUGGAGAAGGUGCUUAUUCCACAUUGGAGAAACUUGGCAAGGACGCAGGAGUAUGCGUUAUAGGUCAUAAAGUUCCUGUAGCCACCGACUAUACGUUGUAUAAUGGUUUGCUGGCCAAGUUAAGGGAAACUCCACAAGCUAAGUUAGUGGUGACUUUUGUAAGGUCACAUGUUAUUGAGCAUGUAGUAAAAGCUGUGACUGAGAGAAUGGCGGAAAGUGAAUUCAUAUUUAUUGGAUCUGAAACCUGGGGAGGCAGAGAAAGCGUCAUUCCUGAACAACAACGCAAAGUAUAUGGUUCACUGAGCAUUGCUUUAGAGUUGCCUCCCAUUCCGGCAUUCAUCCCCUAUCUCACUAAGCAAAAUAUCAAUGACCAAUCUGAUCAAUGGCUCCGUCGCUUCUUAGAAAAAAGGGGAAAGUGCAUAUUCACCGGAAGUUUCCAAAGAGCUGGAAAAAACGAAGUCAAUGGUAAAACCAAAGAGUGUGACUUAGAAAGUUUAGUGAUGUCACUUUAUAACCAAUGGAUACCAUUUGCUGUGGCCUCAACAAAGGCUUUGGUUAAAGGCUUAGAAAAUGUUCUCAGUUCAACAACUUGUGGCCAGCCUGCAACGUCGUGUCCUGAACAAAACCCCACACUGUUGGCAGAAUACACGAAGACGAAUGUAAAAUUAGAUUUAUAUGGUAAAGGUAGUCAGGAAAGAGUUUUUGAUGAUAAUGGCGAUGGUGUUGUUAAAUAUCUAAUAAUGCACAUUACUGCAGGAGAAAAACGAUAUACACAAGUUGGGUCAUGGUCCAAAUCUGAAGGCAUCAUCUUCUAUAAAGAUUCGUUAUAUUACUCCGUUAAAGAUUAUAAUUCUGUAUGUCUAACAGAUUAUACAUGCAACAAAUGUUUCUCCGACAAGAUGGAGGAAACAAGUCCUGAACAGUCCACAGAUUGGAAGAUUCCUACUCUGGCUGUGUUAGUUUGUCUUUUGGGUAUUUCUGUAGUCAUCAUAGCCAUUCAGUGUCACCGAUCAUGUCGUGAUAGAAAAUUGCAGGAACCACAUUACGCUGAACCCGAAAACAUGACGGUACAAAACCACAGAAAUGAUCCAGGCAGAAAUGUACCCAAUCAGAUUAGUUCAGAUAUAUAUUUAACAGCCUCGUCCAAUGGGGAUACAGGAUCGCACACUAGUUCGGCAGAUGAAUCAGCAAAACCACCUCAAUAUGCCGACAAACACCAGUACAGUUCUGUUAGUAGUUAAUCACGCAGAACAAGAUGCAAUAGGUCAACAAUCAAUUGACCACCUUCUAUAGGGAUUUAGUUCCUUUUAUUUGUACAUAGUUAUUUUUUUUCAAAACUUUUAUUUCUACUCUGCAUGCCUUAUUGUGUUGGUGAAGCCUUUGUGGACAAGGAUGUCCCUAUUUCGGGCCGAGAAGAUCUUUCGCGACUUUUCAAGAUGGCCUUUCACUCACCAGGGAUCUCGUCUGGGAGGUUGUCUGAUCGUUCUGAUUGAACGAAUGUUUGGUUAAGGCUAAUAACCACGAUUUUAAGGCGGAAUGAUCAGAAAAUAAACCAAAAAUUGUACCUAGGACCAUCUCCAGUUAUGUUGUGGUGUCCCUCAAGGAUCCACCCAAAUGACGUUAUUAUCAUUAUAUAUUUUUUUUAUAUAAUUUCUUGUGUUAUAGUUCACUUUGUGUAUGGCAACAAUAUUGGUAUACAGAUAUCAAAUAAAAUUAACUAGCAUCUGCAAAAUAACACGAAACAUAUACAUGAUUGCUGCCAUAAAACGAGGAUUGAUUAAAAAUAUCAGUUGCAAGAAUACAUCAUCUGUGAAUAUUAACUUUGAAGUAUUUGUUUUACUAAGAACGGAACUGGGUCCGAGGCAUUAACUCAUCUUGCCGUUCUGCUUAUUGUUCUUCAGGUGUCAGAGGGAGAGGCCAGUUGAAGUUCAGUAUACCUGAAACUUUGCAUGGUUGUUCUUGGACAAUUACGCAUCGCAUGACAAUUGCGCAUCGAUUUUUGAUAUAAUGUAACCACUCCAUGAUAGCUGCGAUGACGCCAUGCUCAAUUCGUGGCCCAUAGUACAGUUAGAGCAAUUUUUUCUCUUUUUUUUUUACGAAGAACGACACCCUGAAUUUAUUACAAUGUAUAUAUCCUUAUAGUAUUUUAUUUUUUUUACCCGACAUUCAUGAAUGUAUAUCGAAUUUA